AAAAAUCUUUUCUCUAAUUUAUUCUAAUCAUGAGGACUUUCUCCUUUGGCCGCCUGACGCUGUAUUUUGCGCAAAUCUGCGUCCUCGGUACUUUUCUGGAUGAAAGUGGCGCCCAGGAAGCUCCCGCUGCUGCUGAUGGUGAUGCGCUCCAGCGAGGGUUGACAUGGCAACACAACGGGCAGGUUUUCAGCAUCCUGAGCCGGGGGUCUCAGUACAGGCCCACCGUGCGGAGGCAGGCCGGGGUUUCCCGCCGUGUUAAUCCUGUGCUCGUGCUCAGGAACGACACGGCCUCCUCCGGUUCCCGCGGAUCCCCUCGAGUCCCGGCCACUAGCGGUGCCGCGCAAUUGCGCACGACGAUGAGGCGCCAGCUGCACCGAGAGGAGCAGGCUCCGUCCGGUGGGGACGGUGCCCCAGCCUCGGCACCGGCCAACCGGGAGGACGGGAUGGUCGGAGAUGAUCCGUAUAAUCCCUACAAACAGCACGGGUACGACUCUUAUUACAACUACUUCGACUCUUACUACAGACCGAGACCGCGCGCUCAGCCCCGGCACGGAUACGGCACGAGCUACCACCAGAACGGCCUCCCUGACCUGGUUCCUGAUCCGUACUACAUCCAGAUCGCCUCCUAUGUCCAGAGGACGCCCAUGUACAACCUACGCUGUGCUGCUGAGGAGAACUGCCUCGCCUCGUCUGCUCGGUACGCUCAGGAUUAUGAGACUCGGGUUCUGUUGCGGUUCCCUCAGAGGGUGAAGAACCAGGGAACAGCUGACUUCCUGCCCAGUAAACCCAGAUAUGCCUGGGAAUGGCACAGCUGCCACAAUCACUUCCACAGCAUGGACGAGUUCAGCCUCUACGAGCUGCUGGACUACCAGACACAACAACACGUCGCCGAGGGCCACAAGGCCAGUUUCUGUCUGGAGGACACUUCCUGUGACCCGGGGUACUACCGCCGCUUCGCCUGUACAUCACACACUCAGGGUCUGAGUCCAGGUUGUUACGACACCUACAACGCCGACAUCGACUGUCAGUGGAUCGACAUCACCGACGUUUCGCCAGGAAGAUACAUCCUCAAGGUGACAGUAAAUCCCAGGCAGCAGGUUCCAGAAUCCAACUUCAACAACAACAUUGCUCGUUGUGACGUGCAGUACACGGGCAAUGCAGCGCACAUCUCUGGAUGCACCAUGUCAAGCUACUGAGAUGAAUCCUGAAGAUGAAGAUGAGGGUGGAGCUACACAGAACUCAUAGUUUGUUCAGACGUGAUCUGAAGUUUUAGUUAUAUACACCAAACUUAAGAACAACCUAGUGACUUGUAAUGAAAACAGCUUGAAGCUGUGGUGUAAGCUGGUUGUUGAGUCAGAUCAACACAUUUUUAAUGUUACUGUGGCCAGUUUAUGCUGGAUUCUGCUCUGGUUCUCUGCAUGAGUCCUGUAUUAUAAUCACUAACUUUUUACUUAUAUACAUCUAUCUGACAGCCAGAGUUACUCAUUUCUUUUUUUCUCCUUUGCAGCUGUAGGUUUUAUAGCUAAUGUAAAAUUUACUGAAAGCUCAUUUUGACAUAACGUGUAUGAUUUAAGAUCUUUGUUUUAUUUUUUCUUUAUAAGCAUCAACAGAGUAGGAAUAAUAAUCAAUUACAAAUUAAAGUUUAAUGUUACUUUUUUUUGGGGGGGGGGGUAUAAUUUCCUUUUAAUAAUAUUGAUAUGAAGAUUUUUUAUUAUAACUGAGGGACUCCAAGAUGCUUUCCUAAUCUAAAUUCCAUGCAUGUUCUUUCUGAAAUUUUAUAAACUUGUUUUCUAUAAAGAAAAAUGUGACAUAAAAAAUUAAACCUUCAUGUUAAUUUAAUGUUUUAGACUUUUACAUUUGUUCAUCAUAUAUUCUGUAGACAAGAUUUUUCUUUUUGGGGGGGGUGAAACACAGAUUUUUUGUAAAUGCUCGUGUCUAAUUAAAGAAGUAGAGGAACCGAUGGGCUGAUGUUGGAACAACAGUAAAGCUGGAAUGUGUGGUGCACUAAAGCCGACGACCUGUAACCACACAGACCAGCAGAGCUGAACGAGGACCAGUUCUCUCUCAUGCUGUCAUACUGCAUCACUGCUUCAUAUCACAUCAAUAAAGUUUGCUUGAAUG